GGUGCAAUCAGUCCGUGAAUGUUCUCUGGGGGAUUGUUGACGGAUGCUUGGAUUGUGCUGUCAAAACUUGGCUCCCGUUCUCGUUUUCACACCUUGGCUCAGCUUCUGUCUCCGCGAGUCAUGGACCACUGACACUGAGUGGUCAGGCUGAAAAAGCUUCCAACAGGCUAAUUUAAUGAACUAUGAUACCGUGAGCACUUUGAUUGUAACUCCCACUGACAAUGUGGGAAACUAGAUGAGGACAGGCUGCUCUCUUGAGAAUAUGUUCUCCAGGAAUCGCUUCAAUGGACAACACGGAGCAGGUGUUGCCCCUAAAGGAGGCACAAAGGCAAAAGUCCACUCACCCAAAAAGAGGGCUCCAAACCCCAGGGUAGCACUGGUCAUUCGGGGCAAAAUACAUCGUCUCUUGCAAGGCUCUGCAGACCACCAUGUCCCAGAUUCCCACCUCUAUUAUACAGGCAUUGAGGAGGAGGAGGAGGGGGAAACACAGGAGGGCAGAAAGGAGCACAGAAGCAGAUAUUCAAAGGUCGGCCCCAGGCCUGAGACUUACCCUCCAAAAGUGUCAAACGGUAAAGGUCAUGGAGUAGCACCAGCGCCGCCAUGUGUAGGAGAGGUAGAGUUGAACAGAGAGGGAUGUAUAAGAAUACCCUGCACUUUGCAGCAUAAAAGCUGCAGAUCCCCAGCAAAUAUGAAACGAAUCUCCUUUGUGGGUGAUAUUCGGCCAACACCUGAGCAGAUGCAACCGCCCCCACACUAUACUCCAAUAGGCCCAGACAUGAAUGGUACCAAAUUUGCAGGAGCAACCGGAAGGGAAUUUCCUUCACCCCGUAUUCGGCCAAAGAGACCCUUUUCUGCUGGUGACUGUGUGGACUACAACUUUAACAGAGCUCUGCCAGGUACGCUGUUGGAAGAGGAUGAGGAUAAAGAGGAGGAGUCGAGUGCCAUAAUUGAGCACAUUCUUAAAGAGCUGAGGGGGAUCAACAAGAUCCAGGAGGAAAUCUCCGACCUCAGGGAUUACCUGACCUCCGUUCGAGGGUCAGUUGAGGAAGUAUCAUCCUGUGUCGAUGCCGUAUUGUUGGAGAUUGAGGGCAUUCGUUCUAGCAACAAAGCUGGUUCAGGGGAACACGCCGGUACCUGGUCGGGGGCAGGGUCCAAAGAUGGACCAUCCUCUCGCAGAAGACCUGCUAGUGCUUAUGGCAGUUUAGGGAGCGCAAUACCAAAGUCUGAAUCAAAUCUUUUCCCCCAAGUCUGCAAUGAGCGCCAUAGCAUCCAUGGAGAAUUACUGCUAGCAAGGGCAGAGGAGUCUACUGUCUCCCCAAUUGCUGAAUCAGUGGAUAAUCAGGAACUAGAGGAAGGAGAGGAUAACUCUGACCAUAGCUCGGAUAUCCCAGUAGGUGCGAUAGCAAGAAAGCUCAGCUUUGGCUACUUUGAAAGGCAGGAUGGCCAAGACUGUCCAAGCACCAGCUCCUUGUCUUCUGGUCAUAGUGAGUCAGAUCUAGAGAGACCAUCAUCUAGUCAUGGAAGGAAGCAGCAAAGAACUGUUGAUGGGGAGGAACAUUGGACAAACACGGGACCACCACACAGUGCCUCUGCAGAAUCUGCGUGGCAUCAGGAAACUGCUUACCACAGGGACAGGAGUCCGGAAGAGCAUGAAAGUGAGACCCCUCUUUGCUGUGAAGGAGCUGGUAGCUGGGAUCACUACAGAGGGGCAGGGGGAUAUGGUACAUCAGGGCAGUGCUCCACGGGAAGUUCUGAACAUCUCUCUAUUCGUUCUGGGAAACAUUACAACUCACCUGCCAGCACUUCUAGCAGGGAGGAGUGGCAGUCACGGAGGAGAAGGCCUCAAACUCAGUCUGGCAUUAAUGUUCCAACAGAUACUGACCUUGAGAAGCCCGCUGCAGGAUACGAGUAUGCUGCUGAUUUUUCAUACCCUCAAAGCUCUGGUUACCAUUCAGUUGAUGGGCAUGAUGGAGAAGCAGAGGAAUUUGACUAUGGGCAAUCAAAUGACCUGAGCUACACCACAGAGUGUCAUGUCGAUAGUUAUCAGGAAAAUUUUUUAGCCUAUGAAGAGUCUUCAGCAGUGACAUGGACUGAGGCUUCCUUAUGUACAACUGUAGAUGAUGUGGACAGGCUGUACAUCCAACAGACUGAAGCCACCAACCAAAGCUUAGAAAACAGACUCCCUCGCUCUGUCAGUGCAGAUGUCCAAGCUGGUGGUUUCAAUGUCAAGCGCAUAGGCCGAGCUGUACUUGAUUUUAGCUCAGCUUUGCGGGGAGCAUUACGCAAAAUUGAAGUACCUGGACCCCAGGAAGCAGACUUUGAAAUAUCAAUGCCUUCUGACUUGUCUACAGCUGAGUUGCCUUCAAAACCUCUAUCCUAUGAGGCACAAUCAGAACAAACAUGUGACGAAACCCUGAAAGGUGAUGUGGUUGAUAGAAGUAGUGCUGUUGGGGAGUUGAGCAAAAACAGUACUUUAGAGAAAUCAGAUGUUUUCUCUGUGGAGCCUAUGCUUGAAGAAGCCAACAACAGCCUUACAUUGGAGUCUACAGACACUUGCUAACACCCUCCUUGUUCGGAAAAGAUCCUCUCAUGCCCAGAAGAACUUUUAGUUUGCCCUGACCCAAUUUCCAGUAGCACUUCAAUACUGCCUCCACCUUAU